CAACCAAAUCCCAUCUUCCAUUUCUUAUUUCCUCCCCAGUUCCCCAUCGCAUCACUACACGACACUCCUCGACUCUCCCUGCAUCUCUCUCUGCAUCAGAUUUCCACUACCAAAAACCGAAUCGAAUUUUUAAGUGUUUAAUGUUUUGAUAUGGUGUCAACAACUGCUAUAUUAACCACACCAUCAAAACCACCUUCACAAGAAGCCUCUCCAGGCGAUCCACAGACUGCCGUUCCGUCGAAUUCACCUCCCAAAACCACCGUUGAUUUCACCACCAAAGUUACUGUACCCGACGGAGUAGCGCUAAAACCUUCGACGCUUGAAUUAUCGGCCAAGAGCUCUGCUGCAGGCACCGACAAGGUCAAUGUGGACGGUGAUGAGAAAUUGAAGAACACAGCUACUGCAAUGGGACAACAUAAUGAUGUUGAAUAUGUUGGGAUUAAUGAAGCUCCUUCUCCUACAGCUGUCUCUAAUAACAAGAUGAAAAGAGUCUCAAUUAUACCCCUCAUUUUUCUCAUUUUCUAUGAGGUUUCUGGAGGACCUUUUGGUGUUGAGGAUAGUGUUCAGGCUGCUGGACCUCUUUUAGCCCUUAUAGGGUUCUUGGUGUUCCCAUUUAUUUGGAGUGUACCUGAAGCUCUAAUAACUGCUGAAAUGGGUACAAUGUUCCCUGAAGAUGGUGGUUAUGUUGUUUGGGUGUCAUCUGCUUUAGGACCUUAUUGGGGGUUUCAACAAGGCUGGAUGAAAUGGCUUAGUGGGGUUAUAGACAAUGCCCUGUAUCCAGUUUUGUUUCUUGAUUAUUUGAAAUCAGGAAUUCCAGCAUUAGCCGAUGGUUAUCCGCGAGUUUUAGCAGUAUUAGCCUUGACUAUUGCCCUCACAUACAUGAACUUUAGAGGCUUGACAAUUGUAGGGUGGGUUGCUGUUCUAUUAGGGGUGUUUUCUUUGGUUCCUUUUGUAAUCAUGGGUCUUAUUUCAAUUCCUAGGAUAGAGCCUGCAAGAUGGUUAGUGGUGGAUUUACAUGUGGUUGAUUGGAACUUAUACUUAAACACACUCUUUUGGAACCUUAAUUAUUGGGACUCAAUAAGUACACUUGCCGGGGAGGUCGAUAAUCCAAAGAAAACUCUCCCAAAAGCCUUGUUAUAUGCCUUGAUCCUAGUUGUUUUUGGCUACUUUUUCCCUCUUCUCAUGGGCACUGGUGCUGUACCCCUCCAUCGUGAUCUAUGGACCGAUGGGUAUUUCUCGGAUGUGGCUAAAAUCGUGGGCGGUGUAUGGUUGAGAUGGUGGAUCCAGGCGGGYGCWGCCAUGUCRAACAUGGGAAUGUUYGUYACWGAAAUGAGUAGCGACUCKUUUCARCUUCUUGGWAUGGCGGAAAGRGGYAUGCUUCCKGAGUUUUUCGCMAARAGRUCYCGUUAUGGWACUCCRUCAAUCGGGAUCUUGUUCUCGGCUUCUGGUGUGAUCUUGCUUUCGUGGCUAAGUUUUCAAGAAAUCGUGGCGGCAGAAAACUUCUUGUACUGUUUCGGGAUGAUUUUGGAGUUCAUAGCUUUUGUAAGGUUAAGAAUGAAGUAUCCAGCUGCAUCUAGGCCGUACAAGAUACCGGUGGGCACAGUUGGAUCGGUUCUUUUGUGUGUUCCUCCAACAAUCUUGAUCUGUGUCGUGUUGGCUCUUUCUUCGCUUAAGGUGAUGAUCGUUAGCGUUAUUGCUAUAGUUAUUGGGCUAGUGUUGCAUCCGUUUCUAAAGCACGUCGAGAAGAAAAGAUGGAUCAAGUUCUCGACCAGUGCUGAUCUACCCGACCUUUAUAAUGCUCAUGAGCAUAAUGAAUCUUUAGUUUAUUAGUAGCAUCAAGGCGAUCGUAUCUUGGCGUGACCGCCAACGUUUGAUUUGGGUGUGCUCAGCGUGAUAUAGUGUCAUAGGUGGCUGAUUUUUACUUUUUUUUUUUUUCGUUAGUCUCAACGGGAUUUUUCUUUGUUACAAAAACGCUUUUUAAAUUAUAUGAUUGGUUUCGGUGAUUUC